AUGUCGCAGGAUGAGACUGGGGGAAAUGAUGUUGGCCGAAGGCUGUGCUGUGUAUUUGGAGAGGAGACUGAGCUGCUCGAUAUCAGCCUUGUCAAAGAUGCCAGAUGCGGAAAACAUGCCAGAGCUCCCAAGGAUCCCAAACUGCGUGAGCUGUUGGAUGCUGGGAACGCAGGAGGUCGCCUGGAAAAUCGAAUGAUAACUGUUGUCUAUGGCCCAGACCUGGUCAAUAUAUCGUACUUGAACUUGGUGGCAUUCCAGGAGGAUAUAGCAAAGGAAUGGUCAGAUGAAGUGUUCAGUUUGGCAACAAAUCUGUUGGCACAGAACAUGUCAAGGGAUGCGUUUCUGGAAAAAGCUUACACGAAACUUAAGCUGCAGGUGACUCCAGAAGGGCGCAUUCCUCUGAAGAACAUAUACCGCUUGUUUUCGGCUGACAGAAAACGGGUAGAGACCGCGUUAGAAGCUUGUAAUCUUCCAUCUUCCAGGAAUGAUUCAAUCCCUCAAGAUGACUUCACACCAGACGUGUACAGGGUGUUCUUGAACAACCUCUGCCCUCGGCCUGAGAUCGACCACAUCUUUUCGGAGUUUGGUGCCAAGAGCAAACCAUACCUUACUGUUGAUCAAAUGAUGGAAUUUAUCAAUCUUAAGCAACGUGAUCCACGAUUAAAUGAAAUCCUCUAUCCACCAUUAAAACAAGAACAAGUUCAACAGCUGAUUGAGAAGUAUGAACCCAACAGUAAUCUAGCAAAGAAAG